AAAGUAUUCAUUCAUUACGUCCCUCUUUCCAGCAGUGAAAGUAAAAAAGGUAUCGCUCGUAUGGAGACUCCACAGCUGUUCGAGUCGCUGAUUCGUGUCGGUUCGUCCGGAUCAAGUCCUCAGUACCUGGAACUAAGUAAAGUUUACUUCACCUGUUGCUCUGUAUAUUAUAUCACUGGUGAGUUCAUUCCCCAGUGCUGGCCGAACCCUUCCUUCUGGGACGGAGGAACAUCGUCCAUUAUUGGUAUUGAGGUGGUAACGACAAUACUACCAGAGCUCCAGAUUUGGCGCUGCUACCACGCUGCUACAAGACUUGACCUUACCCUUUCAAAUCCACUCUGCAUUCCUUUUGAACCAUUCAAAUGGGGCGAUUGA